AUGGACGGGGGCGACUCGCCGAGCGGCGGAUUCUGGCGGCGGCUGAAGAAGAAGGUGGCCGAGCCGUUCGUGGUGGGGCGGAAGGUGGGCGCCGGCAGCAACUCGCCCAGCCGCGACAACUCGUUGGAGGUGGCGACGCAGCGCUACCGCGAGGCGCACGAGGAGGAGAACAACAAGACGCGCAUCAAGGACAUCAUCCGCCGCGACCUCCUCUUCUACCCGACCUUUCGCAAUGCCCUGCAGGGCAACUCCGAGCGGACCGAGUCCUCCCUGCGCUACGCCGAGCUGUAUGAGCGGUACAAGGACCUCUACGCGCCGCUGCUCUACGACGACCCGGAAGACGACUGGAGCAACGUCGGCGACACCGACCGCGAGGACUCCCUGUUCCUGGCCGGCGAGGCCUACGAUCCCAAGCGAGCGGCGUCCAUGCUGGGGAGUCGGCAGACGAUUCCGAGCGAGGUGGCCGAAGCCGAUCUCACCUGGGCCAAGAACAACAUCGAGGACAAGGAGAUAGCCGACGAGCUGUGCAAGAUGCAGAAGAAGAUGCGGGAUCGAAACGAGAUCUAUGUGCUUCUCACCGCCGCAAAGCGCCAGACGGCCCGGGAGCUGGAGGAGCUCUUCGGCAGCGAAGACCGCGCGCGCGAGAUCCAGCAGCUCGAUGGCGCGCAGAAGGACCGGGUGAUGAACAGCGUCAAGGCCCAGAUCAAGGAGCUGGCCAAGUACCAGGAGGAGAUCGCGCAUCACUACGCCUUCUGCCAGGAGGUCCUCAAGCGUGCCUCGGACGCUCCCCAGAUCGACGCCCUCGUACUCAAGGACGAAUGGGCCGCUGAGAUCGGCCGCGAACUGGCCAAGCGGAAAGAAGCGCUGGAGAGGGAACAGGAGCAGGAGAGGGAGAAAGAGCGUCAGCGAGAGCUGGAGGAAGAGGAAGAGCGUCAGAAGGCGAACUCUCCGCGCGCAGCCAAGUCCGAAAAGGGAGAAGAACAACCCCUGCCAGAAGAGACCAACGUCCAAACCCGGCAGGAGGAGUCCCUGCUGUAUGAGAUCUCCUCCAAGGCCAGAGCCGCCAAGGUCGAACCACCACCGACCCCUGCAUCGCCUAUUCCUGCGAGCGCCCUCAAGCGGCUGCUGAGCCUCGAGGCCGGAGGAUCGCUCCACCUCCCCAAGAUGAUGGCCAUCGACUUCUCCGGCGAGGAUCCGACUCGCCCCUCGCUUCAACAGGACGAAGGAGAGGAGGAAGCGGGUCAGCCCCAAUCACCGCUGACGACGUCGAACCAAAACAAGUUUGUCUCCGUGCGAAAGAAGCAGCGGAAGCCAUCGCUCAACGAGCUGUUCAUCAUCGGCCGGCGGGAGAACACCAUCGGCCGGGCCGUUGACGAGUCGACCCAGACGGCGCCGGCCGCAGCCAACGCACCUGGUGCCGAGAAGAAGAAGGACGCAGCCGAAGGUCGAUAUGAUCACGAAGAGAAGAAGAAGGUUGAGGAGGACUUCAUCAUCGUGUUCAAGUACGGGGGCAAGGCCUAUCGCUGCAGCGAGAAGGAGAAGACCAUUCUCGAACGACAGGUCAAGACACUGGACCCGAGCACCUUCCAGAUGCUGCUGGACGACUUCCAGCUGGAGGUCUACGCCGUGCUCGACGAGCCCCAGGCGCAGGCGCCCCAGGUGCUGUCGGCCGAGCCGCCCCAGCCCGAGAGCAGCCCGGCCGAGAAGAGCGAAGACGAAGAGGAUAGCGAAGAGGAGGAGAAGGAAGAGGAGUGGGAGGCUGAGGAGGACGUUGACGACGCGUUCGGCAGCAAGACGGAGACCAACAACACCAACAGCACCAAGAACAGGCGAAGGCGACGACGAAGGGGCAAGAGGAGAAACGCGGCGGCGAGCGCGACCACCGCCACGCCACAGCAGAAGAGCGAGGCGGCGACGGCGACGACGCCCCAGAAGAACGUCUCGGGGCAGAGCCAGGGAGUAGAGCUGGGCGGCCGAGUGUGGACCAGGUCGCCCGCCUCGCCCUUCACCCCGUCGAAGAGGGCGAACCGUCUGGCGGAGAAGAACAACACCAUGCGCGACACCAUGCGGAAGCGCAUGCAGCUGGCCUACGAGGAGGAGGUCCACAAGCAGCACGGCGGCGCUGAAGGCGGCAAGAGUCCGCUCGUGUGGAAACGAGAGAGGAAGGGCGGCAGCCAGCUCCAACCGGCCACCGUCAGCAGCAGGAAGAACGUGGCUUAG